AUGAUAAAUGAGAAGAGAAAAUUAUCAAGCAAUAAUGAUUCAGGUACUAAGACUAAAAAGUUGAAAAUCAAUGGUAAUAAAACUCAAUUACAGAAAACAAUUUCAAAGAAACAAGUGGUGGAAAAUGAAGAAUCAAAUAAUUCAGAUGUAGAGACUUCAAGUUCUAGUUCAAGUUCAAAUUCAAGUGAUUCAAGUGAAUCUAGCGAGGAAAGCUCGAGUAAUUCAAGUUCAGAAGUAUCAGAAAGUGAAUCAGGGUCAUCAGAUGAUUCAGAUAAGCAUUUGAAAGUGAAUAAUUCAAAGUCGAAAGAAAAUCCCAUGGCGAUUAAAAAUCUGAAAAAUUUAACAAACUCAUCUACAUCAUCAUCUACUGACUCAUCAAGCAAGUCGUCAAGUAGUUCAGAGUCUAAAAGUUCGUCAAGUAGUUCAGAAUCUGAAAGUUCGUCAAGUAGUUCAAAGUCUGAAAGUUCGUCAAGUAGUUCAAAGUCUGAAAGUUCGUCAAGUAGUUCAAAGUCUGAAAGUUCGUCAAGUAGUUCAAAGUCUGAAAGUUCGUCAAGUAGUUCAAAGUCUGAAAGUUCGUCAAGUGAAGAUGAAGAAGAAUCAGAAAGCUCCUCUAGUGAUGAAGAAGAUUCUGGAAGUGCAAGUGAAGAAAAAGAAAAUGAAGAGAAAGAAGAAAAUGGAUCAAAAACAAAUGCUACAAGCCUUGCAAAACCAAUAAAACAAAAUGCAUUAGAUAAAUCAACUGAGAUGUCAACUGAUACAUUAGGAACAAAAACAGCAACAGAACCAAAACAAAAAAGUUCAAGUUCAAGUAGUUCCGAAGCUGAAAUUUCCUCGAGUGAAGAAUCUGAAAGUUCUAGUGAGGAGCAAGAAGAAGAAAACGACUCAAAUACAAAUGCUACAAAUCUAAAAUCAAUAAUACAAAAUGAUUUCUAUAAAUCAACAACAACACCAGCAAAAGCAGAAACCAAAGAGAGAGAAAGCUCAAGUUCAAACAGUUCCGAAUCAGAACGUUCCUCAAGUGAUGAAGAAUCAGAAAGUUCAAGUGAAGAGGAAGAAGAAAAUGAGUCAAAUCCAAAUACUAUAAACCUUGCAAAUUCAGCAAAAGAAAAUAAAUUGGAUAAAUUAACAGCAAUACCAAUCACAACAACGAUAAUAGACUCAAAACAAGGAAACUCACUUUCAAGUAGUUCCGAAUCGGAAAGUUCCUCAAGUGACGAAGAAUCAGAAAGUUCAAAUGAAGAGGAAGAGGAGGAAGAAAAUGAUUUAAAUACUAAUGCUGUAAAAUCAAAAAAACAACGUGUUUUAAAUAAAUCGACUACGGCACCAACAAUAACAAUAACAAACGAGCAAGAAAACUCAAGUCCAAGUAGUUCCGAAUCACAAAGAUCCUCCAGUGAAGAAGAAGAGGAAGUAGAAGAUCAAGAAGAAGAUCAAGGCGUAAGAAUUCCAGAACCAUAUCAUGAAGAAGAUGGAUCAUCAUUUGAAUAUGUACCUACAUCAUCAUCAGAAUCAUCAUCAGAACUAGAAAGUGAAGCUGAAAAUAGAUCUACUAGUCGAAAAGCGUUACAAUUUGAAGAGAAAUCAACUAGUCGAAAAGCAUUACAAUCUGAAGAUAAAUCACCUAGUCGAGAGACGUCAUAUUUUAAACUUAAAACUCAACAACAUCGUUUAGAAUCUAAAAUACAAAAUAAUACCCUAGCAAAAGAAUUCAGCUUCUUGAAUAGUUUUUUAAAUGAAUUAGAAUCAAGUGAAAAAGACAAAGAUAGCAAUGACAAAAGUGAAUUAUCACCCGUACAACCUAAAAUUCAUAUUCAGCCACAACAUUUGGAAGCCGAAAUACCAAAUAAUAUCCAAGAAAAUGAAUUCAGCUCAUUAUAUAAACAUUUAAGCGAUUCAGAGUUAAAUGAAAAGAAUAACGACAGUAAUCAUAAUAAUGAACCCACACCGGAGUUGAACCAAAUGAAGACGGUCGAUUCUGCUCCUCAUUCAGACACAUCACCAAAAGAAAGUAGUAAUGACUCGGACUUAUCAUCAAUUGAAAGUAGUAGUGAUUCGCACCAUGUCGAGACAACUUCAGAGUCAUCAGAUGAAAGUAGUACCGAAUCAGAAAGUGAAGAAACAACCCAGAUAGGUUCAAAAUCAAUAAGUGAAAGUAGUAGUGACUCCAAAAAUAAAAAUACAACCAAGACAAGUUUAGAAUCAUCAGCUCAAAGAGAAUGCAGAAAUACUUUAAAAAGAUCACUAAUGGAAAUUCAACCAACUCCACAAAAUGGGACCUUAAAGAACGAAAAUAAUUCAACUACACCAAAUCCAGAGUUACGAUCUGAAGAAGAAGACAGUAGUGAAUAUUCAGAUGUACAAGACGAACCACCGCGUAAAAAACCAAAGAGACCAUCAUUAGCAUCAAUACUUGAAAAUUUUUCAAGUGAUUCAGAAUCUGAACAUACAGAUAAAGAGUUUGUUAAAGAUUUAGAUUAUUUCUUAUCCGACAAAGAAUUAUCAACACCACUCCUUGAUAACUACAAAACCAUUUAUAAUCAAUAUCUACAAGAAGUAUUAACACCACCUUCAACUUCGAAUUUAACUGCAUCAAAAGUAACAAUAUCAGGAUUAAUAUAUCCAAAUAUUUCAUAUUUACCAGGUAUACAAUGGACAGCUCUAGAAAAAGAACAAUUCUUUUUUGCAUUAUCAAGACAUUCCAUACAUGAUAUUGAAUCAAUUAAAGAAGCACUUCCUGAAAAAUCUGAAUUUGAAAUAAUCACAUAUUAUAACGUACUUAAAUCAGGUUUGAAUAAAUGGAAACCAAAUAAACUUUUAAUGAAAAAUAGUGAAUUACCAAUUGCUUAUGAAAUGAGUAAAGAUUAUAUUGAAUUGGAACAGAAAAUAGCUGAUUUAAUACCUGAUCCAAAACCUCAUAAUCGUCCAUUCAAUGAUGAAGAUGAAUUACUCAAUUUUGAUAAUUUGAGUAUAAUAACAGAAGUUGAAAUUAAAAAUGGGAUGAAAUCAUUAAUGACAGAAAUGGCAAAAUUCAUAACGAGGAAGAUAAUGCUUAAUUUAACUCAUUUAGACGGGAUGCGAAUUCAAAAAACUGAUGUACUUAAAAGUAUUAGAGGUCUUCAUUAUAAAGAUCCCGAUUGGAAAUUUGAUCAAAUAAAACUAAUUCAAAAAAUUAGAGACGAUAAUGGUUUAACUACUGGUACGAUUGGUCCGGAUAGGAUUGGUUCAUAUUUUGCUGUACCUCCAUUUCAUAAUAUACUCAAUGAUGAGGAUGUUGAGAUAUUUACCGAAGAUAAAUUGAUUUAUUAUGAAAAUAAAUGGUUAAAUUAUGAAGAUAUUCAAGCUUCUAAAAUGUAUGAGAUGGGAUUAGUGAGUUUAUUAUCUCCAGAAUUGCAAUCUUUAUGGUAUUUAGAACCAAUGAAAAACCCUCCAGAAUUUAAAGGUAGUUAUAAGGCAAGAUUAAAGAAAUAUGAUUAUAAUUUUGCCAGUUACAAUGAUGCAAAAAAGCCAAAUUAA